UGUAGUUUCAACGCUAUCUCUAGAACAUUCUGAUUAACCACAGAAGAAGCAGAGAGCUAAGCAGACGAAGAUGUCGUGGCAGACUUACGUCGACGACCACUUGAUGUGCGAUCUCGGGGACGAGCAGCGCCUCACCGCCGCCGCAAUUAUCGGCCAAGACGGUAGCGUCUGGGCUCAGAGCGCAAAUUUCCCUCAGUUGAAGCCUGAGGAAAUCGAAGGCAUCAACAAAGACUUAUCUGAACCUGGAUCACUUGCUCCAACGGGAUUGUUCAUCAAUGGCGCAAAGUACAUGGUAAUCCAAGGAGAGCCAAACGCUGUGAUUCGAGGAAAGAAGGGAGCUGGUGGUGUUACCAUUAAGAAGACCACCCAAGCCUUAGUCUUUGGUAUCUAUGAGGAACCAGUGACUCCUGGACAGUGCAAUAUGGUUGUGGAGAGGCUCGGUGACUACCUCAUUGAAUCAGGGCUCUGAAAUCUAAGCUGAUGUUGCUCAUAUUAUAUUCUAGUUAAACUAUGAGAGAAAAUCUAUUUAUAUAUGCUGAAUGUGAUGAAUCAUUUAAAAGUCAGGCUGCAUUUUACUACCUACCAUGUGAUGAAUUGUAUGAUUCUUAAACUAUUGUCUUCAUGUGUCAGAGUUGAAAUUUUUAAUGAAUGGUAGUAUGGUACCCCAUUA